CCCUGGUCAAACAAAUCUGAGUAUUACCAACCUUGGGGUCUCCUCUAUUCUUUCUACCAUCCCUUCUUUUUUUCUUCAUCUGUUUUUGUUUCCUCAACACCAACUAAGCUUAUCGUGCAGCCUCACCUGAGUCGCCCCAUAGCAACACUCCAGCCUAUCGCGACUAAGACACAAUCGAUUAUUCACCAUUGCGCCUAUAUUAAUUUCGAUCACCACAUCGCCCUCCUUUCCCACCACCCGACUAUGCCCACUGUUGUUUGACGGGACCGUGCUAAGUCUCGUCUCGCUCGUGCAAUUGGGUUGUGCGGGUGGGAGUUUUCUCGCGUCUGAGGCCGAAUAGGAGUUGCUGGGAGCUUACCGACAAGGUUGAAGCAUUACGCGACACUUCACCUACCAUCUAUUCACGAACAAACCCGCGAUAAACGCGAAGUCGCAUCACUUGUUGAUAUAAUAACCGUCUAAUUUGAUCUCGCGAUAUAAUUGCCUGCGCCGUAGUACUAUUAUCCUACAAUGUCUAUGUAUCCACACCGCGGCAUGCCGCAAAAUGCGGCGCGUCUGAACGAGCUCCUUGAUCAGAUCCGAACUGAAUUCGAUAACCAAGUCCGUAUAAACGAAGGAUGCGAACAGCAGAUCCAGCAGCAGGUUCAAGAAGCUCAACUCAUUCGUGAGAAAGUCUAUCAAUUAGAGCAGCAGCAUAUGAAUAUCAAGGCCAAGUACGAGGAGGAGAUGGUCAUACUCCGUCGUCAACUCGAAGCUGCGCGAGGUGGUGCCCCUCAACCUGCUCUACCUGGGCCACCUCAGCAUGGUGGUCCUUCAGCGGGUCCUCCACCCCCUUCGAUCGGCAUGGGCAACAAUCUGUUCAGCGGUAUCAUGACCGGCCAGGGAGGCCAAGGCGGUGGUCUGCCACCGCAGCCUACCCCCCAAGACCAGGCUCCUCCUGGACCUCAACACCAAAUGCCGCAGCCGCCUCCGGGACUCCAAGGACCACCUCCACCUCCGCCGCCCCCUUCACAACAACCCCCUUUCCAACAGCCUUACCAAGGGCCGGCUCCUAACGGAUUUCCUGGUCAACCUCCUCAAAGCAUUGCUUCACCCGGACCGGGAAAGCGCGGCAUCGGCAGACCUCCGGCUGGCGGACCUGCUACUCCACAGAUAAACACUCCGAUGCCGUAUGCUGGACCUGGAGCUUCGCCGCAGGUUGCAAACCACCCGACCCCUGACCACAGAGCUAUCCCUCCCCACCCUGGCCCGAUGGUGAACAAUGCUCUCGGCGACUUGGACGUAGAACGUCUUCCGGCACACGUCAAAAAGACCAAAGACGAUUGGUUCGUGAUCUUCAACCAGCACGUUCCUCGCAUGCUCGACGUUGAUCUAGUUCACACACUAAACCACGAAAGUGUCGUGUGUUGUGUAAGAUUUAGCCAUGAUGGCAAGUAUGUCGCGACUGGAUGUAACAGGUCCGCCCAGAUUUACGACGUGGCCACCGGAGAAAAGGUAUGUGUCUUACAGGAUGAGAAUGUCGACAUCUCCGGAGACCUCUAUAUUAGGAGCGUGUGCUUCAGUCCUGACGGCAAGUAUCUCGCUACUGGUGCCGAGGACAAGCUCAUUCGUGUCUGGGACAUCGCCAACCGUACGAUUCGAAAUACGUUUGCCGGCCACGAGCAGGAUAUUUACUCGUUGGACUUUGCACGAGAUGGGCGAACAAUCGCAUCCGGAAGCGGCGACAGAACCGUUCGACUCUGGGACAUCGAGCACGGUACAAACAUGCUUACUCUUUCUAUCGAGGACGGCGUCACUACUGUUGCGAUUUCUCCAGAUACGAAGUAUGUAGCCGCUGGGUCCCUAGACAAGAGCGUGCGCGUUUGGGAUAUCCAACAAGGGUAUCUUCUUGAGCGUCUUGAAGGACCCGAAGGCCACAAGGACAGCGUCUAUUCCGUUGCUUUCUCUCCCAAUGGAAAAGACCUCGUGAGUGGCAGUCUGGACAAGACUAUCAAGAUGUGGGAGUUGUCGACCCCUCGAGGUGUGUCGAACCCUGGGCCCAAGGGCGGCCGAUGCGUCAAGACUUUUGAGGGUCACCGAGAUUUCGUGCUUAGCGUUGCUCUCACCCCUGAUGCUAACUGGGUCAUGUCGGGUUCCAAGGAUCGUGGUGUCCAAUUCUGGGAUCCUCGAACAGGCUUUACCCAGCUGAUGCUCCAAGGUCAUAAGAACUCAGUUAUCUCUGUAGCUCCUAGUCCGACGGGCGGUUACUUUGCGACUGGUUCAGGCGACAUGAGAGCGCGCAUCUGGUCGUAUCGAUCAAUAUCUUAGAGGGAGUCAUCGGCAAUAGCUCGGCAAGCCCCGACUCAGACGCAGUUGUCAGAUAGUCCUAGAUCAGAGGCUGCCACCCGGAAGGCCCCACUCCUCUUAUGACGUUAAUCAUCAUGGACUAUAAUGGCCCGAUUUUGCCAUAAGCAAUGGCACCCGCACACGUUGGAGGGUUUUGGUUUAGUAUUUAGUUAUCCUUGAGGCUCAGGAGAGCUUCAACCCACCCAAAGUAUGGUUAAUGCAGCCUUUAGGUCUUAGCGCCCCUGUUAAUGUGAAGGCACGCUCCUCAGACGAUCAUGAUGGUGUGGAUAUCAGGUGUACUUGGAGAGAACGGGGCAAAACGUUUUUUUGUAACGGUCUCAGUUGGCUGGCGAGGCUUAGAGGGCGCGGUCUUAAUCUCAAGUGUUAACAGCAAACGUGUAGCCUGUGUCAUUAGUAUUGCUCAAAGAAUUUUGCUAGUAAUUGAAGAGUGAUAAAUCCAACCGAGAAG